AUGAAGAAGCUGCUGGCCCUCGUCCUCCUCCUCUUCCUCGGCCACUUGGCUUCUUCGCACGGGCCAGGAGGAUCCCCAUGGCAGCCGGAGAGGGAAGCGCUGCAGAAAGGAGGAGACACACCGGCCGGGGGCUGGGAUGCCGGGGUGCCCACGGGUGCCGGAGCAGGCGUUUGGGGUGAUCUCGCACCCGGUGUGAGCGUAGAGGCCAGGAACCCCCGGCACCCGGCGAUGCAUGAGGAGACCGAGCGCAGGACUCCGCUGCCAGGAGAGAGACGCGACGCCAGUGACUUCACGGGCUCCCCCGACAGCCCCGCUGCGGCCGGGCCACCUCCCGUCCUCCAGGAUCCCGGCACCAGGGCCCUGCCGGCUCCCCUGGCUAAAGCCUCGGCCACACCCGUCCCGGCUGCCAGCCCGAGGGCCUCGGAUGCCACCCCCCCACACACCCCUGCUACACCCACCACUGCCUCUGCCAUAACCACGGCUACACCUGCCGCUGCUGUAACCAGAGCAACACCUACUGCCGCCUCAAAUACAACCGCUGCCUCAAGUACAACCGCCGCUACCCUCAUCCUCACAACUACACCUAUCACCACCUCCGCUAUCCCCACAGCUACACCUUACGCUUCACCCCGUACUGACACCACCAUAACUACACCUAACGCUACACUCGCCACCAACAUCACAACUACACUCACCAUAACUACACCCACCACAACUACAACUGACACUAUGCCCACCGCCACCACCUUGGCUGCCCCCACAACUACAGCUAACAUGUCACCCCUUACUGACACCACCACCACUACAUCUAACACUACACUCUCCACCUCAACCACAGCAACAUCUGCCACUACACCCACCACCAACACCUCAGCUAUCCCCACAAUUACACCAACAACUACACCUUACACUCCACCCCUUACUGAAAUAAUCACCACCACCACAACUACACCUAACACUACACUCACUACCAACACCACAACUACACCAUCUUCAACUACACCUGAGACUUCACCCCUUACUGAUACCAUCACCACUACACCUAAUACUGCACUCGCUACCAACAUCACAACUACACCUAACACAACACUUUCUGCCUCCACCACAACUACACCAUCUACAACUCCACCUGCCACCUUCACAACUACAUCUGACACUCCACCCCUUACUGAUACCAUCACCACUACACCUAACACUACAUUCGAUACCAACACCACAACUACACCUAACACUACACUAACCACCUCCAUCACAACUACACCUUCUACAACUCCACCUGUCACCUUCGAAACUACAUCUGAGACUUCACCCCUUACUGAUACCAUCACCACUACUCCUAACACCGCACUUGCUACCAACACCACAACUACACCAUCAACAACUAAACCCACUACCUUCACAACUACACCUGAGACUUCACCUCUUACUGAUACCAUCACCACUAUACCUAACACCGCACUCGCUACCAACACCACAACUACACCUAACACUACACUUGCCACCUCCAUCACAACUACACCAUCUACAACUCCACCUGUCACCUUUGAAACUACAUCUGAGACUUCACCUCUUACUGAUACUAUCACAACUACACCUAACACUACACUCACCACCAACACCACAACUACACCAUCAACAACUAAACCCACCACCUUCACAACUACACCUGAGACUUCACCCCUUACUGAUACCAUCACCACUACACCUAACACUACACUCACCACCAACACCACAACUACACCAUCAACAACUAAACCCACCACCUUCACAACUACACCUGAGACUUCACCCCUUACUGAUACCAUCACCACUACACCUAACACUGCACUCACUACCAACACCACAACUACACCUAACACUACACUUGCCACCUCCAUCACAACUACACCAUCUACAACUCCACCUGCCAGCUUCACAACUACACCUGACACUCCACCCCUUACUGAUACCACCACCACUACACCUAACACUACACUCACCACCUCCAUCACAACUACACCAUCUACAACUCCACCUGUCACCUUCAAAACUACAUCUGAGACUUCACCCCUUACUGAUACUAUCACAACUACACCUAACACUGCACUCACCACCUCUAUCACAAUUACACCAUCUACAACUACACCCGCCACCUCUGCAACUACACCUGACACUCCACCCCUUCCUGAUACCACCACCAUCACUACCACUAGCACUACACUCAUCAACUCCACCACAACUAUACCCAUCACCCCUACUACACCAACCACAGCUACACCUGACACUAUACCCAUCACCACUACAUCAGCUACCCCCACAACUACAACAACAUCUACUACCACUGCCACCAACACACCCACUUCCACAACUACCAACACCAGUGCUACACCCACUACCACUACGAGCACAAGCACUGCUGUGUCCUCGCCCACUCCAUCCUGGAGCAUCACAACAGCAGCGCCCUGCCAGAACGGUGGCACGCCAAACGGCACCGAGUGCCUCUGCCCGCCUGGCUACUUCGGCCCCCGCUGUGAGUCACUGGACACCAGGUUCUGCCAGAACGGGGGGGUCUGGACCGGGGCAGAAUGCAAAUGCCCCCCCUUCUUCCAGGGGCCAGAAUGCGAAUUCGCCGUGGGCACCAUCGCGCUCAGAGUCGAGGUGAACGUGACGAUGGACGUGAAGCUGCAGGUGACCAACCGCGAGUUCACCGCUGACCUGGCCAACGCCUCCUCUCCGGCCUGGCGAGGGUUCGGGGCCCUGUUCACACAGCAGAUCAAGCCGGUUUAUAGCCAGAUCCCGGGGUUUCAGGACCUGGAGAUCCUGGAGCUCACGCCGGGCAGCGUCGUGGUGACCCACAGGGUGGCCCUGGCCGUCCCCGUCACCGCCCGGCUCGAGGCCACGCUGGAGAACCUGCCGCGGCGGCUGGCAGAAGAGAUCAGACUGGCAGCCCGCGACCAGGUCAUCUGCACCAGCAGCUCGCAGCUCUGCAGGCAGACGCUGCCCCCCGGAUACAGCCCCCACUUCUUCCCCCACCCGACGCCCGACAGCUUCACCUGCGCCUCCCUGUGCACCGGGGGGGUGCCGGGCGCCCUCGGCUGCAACGCGGGACAGUGCCGGGUGUCCCACGCCGGCGCCCACUGCCGGUAA